AUGCGACGGAAAGAUCCGCUCCCGGUCAACAGCACAAGCAGAGGAAAAAGUCUUAUAGCUACAAGAACGAACCAGCAACAACAACGCAAGAUGCAGAGCACUAGAAGUCCAUUACCAAGAAGUUAUUCUUCGCCGGCUACCCAGCACGAAUCUGACAGUCCGCUGUCCCAAACAACCCAAAAAGGAUACAUCAUGCGCAGUUUUUCCACACCUGAGCCAAAAAAUCUAGAGAAUAGACGUAACUCCGAUUCAUUUUACAGACCUAGAAUGCAUGGGUCAAGAGGAGAAUUGGAUUCUGAUUUGGAAAAUUUUGAAAAUUUCGAAGAAGAUUUUUUAGAUAUAGAUGCUGAUCAUGAAGUAAUGUUUGCUCCCUACAGAAAUGUUGAGAUACUAGAACCAAAGAAAGUCGUUACAUCUUUGCUACCUGGUAGUGGACUUCAAAAAGUAACCAUUCGACCGAUUUCCUCGACGACACAGACACGGCAAAGUGCUCGCGAAACCAUGAACCAGUUGAAAAUGGAUCAGAAAGCUUCUCGCUUGAAUUUCCGGCCACUGGUAGUGAAGAUGCCUUCUUACGGUCUCCACCGUUCUGAGUCUACGACAUCGUCCCUGAUGAUUGAUGAACUCCAAGCGUCACCGCAAUUGGAACGAGAAGUUGCAGAGCUAGAUAAGGAGUUGGAUAAUGCUGAACAGCACUUAGCACGAGGCGUGGCAAUUGCCACAGAAGAAAGUGAUACUGAUACGGAGCGUGACGCGAUAGGCUACCCGUUCCCGUGGCAGCUGAACGUAAACAUCGCGUGA